CUUCAACGCCAUCUCAAAGCAUCCAUCAAUUGGUGUUGCAUUUUCAGGAUGGGAAGUGAGCGCCCGCGGGAUACAGAGAGAUGGGACAACGUGUUAGAAGAACACAUGCGUCAGGAGCAUGCCUGGUUUCGAAUAUCGGAAGAGGUAUGCACAAUUAGACCCUGGUUUGUUUGUUAGCGCGGAUGUUGUGAAGGAAACAAAGACAAACUGUGGUAUUCGCCGUCUUCUCUUCCUCUUCAUUUUAUUUUUUCUUCCUUUUUCUUUUUCUUAUUUUUCUGGACCUUUCAUACUUCUUUCUAUUACUCACUUUUCCUCCUGUAUAUUCCCUUCCGUUUUUAGUUUUCUGACUUUUCUUCCCUUCUUUUAUUUACCCUUCCGUUUUCUCACUGGGCCGCCAUGUGCCACGCUAACAAACAAACCAGGGUCGGAUUGUAUGCUCAAUGCCGGCACAGGCUAUUGUGGAACGAGCAGUGAACCAGGAAUCUCAACACUUCAGCUGAAGACCCAUUGAGUAUCUGCUCCAUGGUUCUUACAUCCAACCGGGCCGGCCAAUUUCAGCCAAUCCAUCAGUUGGUUGGCUCUUUUCUUCACUGUCUUUAGUUCCCUUCGAUUCCGCCCAAUUCGUUGUCCCAUUUUUAGCCGUGUUCGAGCUUUACCGAGUCCCUUCUUCGUUGCUAUCGGACAUUUCCGGGGUCUUCGCACUCACUUGACGGUGGCGGGGCCGGGAUCCCCUCCCCGCACCGUG